AUGAUUAUGAAACAACAAAUUCCAGAAGAAUAUCCAAUUAAUUUUAUUCCAUUAAGAGGAAAAGAUGUUCCUUUUGUUGCUUUAUGUAUUAGUAUUGUAAUUUCAUUCGUUGCCAAUCAAGUUACUGAUUUACCAUUUAUCAUCUUUGGAUUUUAUAUUUCUUGGAUUUAUUUGAGAUUCUAUCAAACUACCUAUGAUGGAAUUGUAGAAGCACCAUAUAAGGGUGAUCAUUCUGAUUCAUUUGCUUUCCAUACAUUAUUCCCUUCCUCGCUACAACCUUUCAUUCUUCCAGUUUCUAAUUACACAUAUAAUUUGGCUAGAUCUUUAAAGAUUGUUUCAGAAUUAAGGACUAUCCAAUCAAAUAAUCAAUCCUCAAACAAGACUGUAUCUCUUAGCUCUAAUUUUGAUAGUAUUUUCAUGGAUUCUCCUGCAAAACCAAGCCAACACGCUUCAUCAUCAACAGCCUCUGCCUUACUCGAAAAACAUAUUGAAGUUGUUGCUUCAGAACAGCAACCAAUUGGAUCACAAACUACUGAUAGAUCAAAGAGACGAGAACUUGCUGUGCAGGAAUUAGAAAAAAGAAUUCAGAACAUGAAUAUUUAA